UAAAAAUAAAAAUUCUAGUACAUUUUAGAUGACAUAGAUUACUGUUGCUGCUUAGAAAAUGGUGAAACUGGAAGUGUGUAUAGACAGCCUGGAGUCCGCCAUCAAUGCCAUCCAUGGCGGUGCGGAUGAGCUUGAAGUAUGUAGCUCACUUGCUGAAGGUGGUCUUACACCUACGGUUGGACUGGUGAAACUAAUAUUACACAUGGUACAGAAUAUAGGUACAGUGAUGCCUAUACAUCACACAUGCUCAGAGUGUAAAUGCACAGAGUUAACUGCGAAACCAAGUGUGAACAUAAUGAUCAGAUGUAGAGCAGGCUCUGAUUUUUGUUACACACCGUUGGAAGUGGAAACAAUGCUGUUAGACUUAGUCAAAAUGAAGAACAUGGGUGUAAACAGGUUUGUCUUUGGUGCACUUACUAGUGAACAAGAAGUUGAUGUUGAUACAUGUGCCAAAAUUAUUGCUAAGGCUAAGCCCUUGCCGGUGACUUUUCACAGAGCCUUUGAUAUGUGCAAGAAUACUUUAGUAUCUCUUGAGAAGAUUGUUAAACUUGGGUUUGACAGAGUUCUUACAAGUGGUCAGAGACCUUCGGUAGGGGAUCAUGAAGCAUUGCAAUUAAUCACCGAUUUGAUGGGCUUUUACAAGGACAAAAUCCAUAUCAUGCCUGGAGCUGGUAUCAAUACAGAAAAUGUUAAAAAAUAUGUGAAACUUGGAUGCCCGUUAAUUCAUAGCUCAUGUAAAGUCGCCAAAGAGCCCAAGAUUGACAAAAGUUUGAACAUGGGUAUGGAAACUGCAGGCCCUGAGAUAAUUUAUUACACAGAUAAAAAUAGUGUUAUUAGAUUAAGAUGUGCAAUAAGAAAUGAGCUUUUACAGAAGCACUAUGAUUUGUAA